AUGAUGUUAUCGUGGAAUUCCUCCUGCACUCCUUAUUCCAGGGGGGUCGCGAGGUCUUGUGCACGACUACGCUCGCCACUUCUGGUUCAGUCGCAGCCAUGGCGGUUGCCAGUCAGAGGAAGGGCGAGGUUUUAUUCUAAUUCAGUUGAUGAUUCCAACCAAAAGCGAUCGCUAUCCGUCCCAGCGUCCCCUCGGUUCAACGAGAUUGGAGUCCAACAAUUGAGCGAUCAUGUCCACACCCAAGUCUUUCCGAACAAAGCCCGAAUCCCUAACCCAGAACUGGUUGCCUUAUCCAAAGAUCAUCUGGCGCGGCACGACCUUCUUGGAAAAUCUCAGAAUGCCUCGGAAGCCGUCGCUUUUAAUCUCCCAGCUCUGCAGGGCCAGACACUGGACGAGCAUUUUUUCAAGCUUGGUAUGGAUGCAUCGGAGCCCUAUUUGUCCUAUGCCAAAUCCUAUGCGAUGGUAAAUUGUCCGAAUAAACCGCGCAAGUGGGCCAAGCGCAGUGGGUGGACUAAGUACAACCCAGACGGCUCUUCGGAACCCGUGGAUGCUCCCAAUGAGUCGAUGCUCACUUUCGACACCGAGGUUAUGUACAAGGAACACUCUUUUGCGGUGAUGGCUUGUGCAGUGAGCCCAACUGCAUGGUAUGCAUGGAUAUCACCGUGGUUGCUGGGCGAGUCAACGAACGAGGCUCAAUUGAUACCCCUGGGCGAUCCCACCCAGCCGCGUAUUGUCAUUGGUCAUAACAUUGGCUAUGACCGGGCACGGGUCUUGGAGGAAUACGACAUGCGACAAUCCCGCAACUUCUUCAUCGAUACCAUGUCCCUCCAUGUCGCAGUCAAUGGCAUGUGUUCACAGCAGCGACCAACCUGGAUGCGCCACAAGAAAAACAGGGAUCUCAGAGACAAGAUUGCAAGCGAGCAUGAUUCUGUGGAGCUUGCGGCACUGAUCGAGAAUAACAUGUUGCGAGAAGAGGAGGAAGAGCUCUGGGUUGGGCGUAGCUCAGUCAACUCUCUGCGGGACGUAGCCAAGUUUCAUUGCGACGUGACGAUCGACAAAGCACAACGAGACCUUUUCGGCGAGCUUGAUCAGAAAGCUAUUUUGGGAAAACUGGAGGAGCUUCUGGACUAUUGUGCUGCAGAUGUAGCCAUUACCCAUCGUGUGUACCGAAAAGUGUUUCCCAACUUCUUGGAGACCUGCCCGCACCCUGUCAGCUUCGGCGCUCUCCGUCACCUUUCCUCCGUCAUUCUCCCGGUUAAUCAAUCCUGGGAAGAAUAUAUCACCAGCGCCGAGGCCACUUACCACAAGCGACUUGAUGAUGUUCAACGGAAAUUGGUCGAAUUGUGCGACGAGGCAUUGAAGACCAAAGAUCAACCAAAUAUCUACACGCACGAUCCUUGGCUGGGGCAGCUGGACUGGUCCGGCCAGGAAGUGAAAAUGGUGAAAGGAAAGAAGAAAGGAGAUCCUCCUCGCCCGGCGGCGCGUCAGAAAAAACCAGGAAUGCCCAAAUGGUACAAGGAUCUCUUUCCCACGAACACCGCCGAUAUCAACCUGACCGUGCGCACUCGCAUUGCGCCUAUUUUGCUAAAGCUGUCCUGGGAUGGCCAUCCUCUCAUCUGGUCCGACAAGCACGGGUGGACUUUCCGAGUACCCCGCGAUCAGGUUAAGAAAUUCGAAAACCAGCCUGUCGUCCUGUGUGAUAUGACCGAAGAAAAAGACCCCCAAUUGCGAGACGACCGACAGAACAUAUAUUUUAAAAUCCCGCACAAGGAUGGCCCGCAAGCAAGAUGCACCAACCCAUUGGGCAAAGGCUAUAUGCAAUAUUUUGAGCGCGGAGUCCUAACGUCUCAGUAUGCACUCGCCAAGGAAGCCUUGGAUAUGAACGCCUCCUGUUCCUAUUGGAUUAGUGCACGAGAUCGCAUCAUGAGUCAAAUGGUGGUGUAUGAGGACCAAGUGCCAAAGGCAUCGACAAGAAAGGGAGGAAGCGAAAACCGCGUGGGCUUCAUCUUGCCUCAGGUCAUUCCCAUGGGCACCAUUACUCGACGGGCAGUGGAAAACACGUGGCUGACCGCGAGCAAUGCCAAAGCGAACCGUGUCGGAUCCGAGCUCAAGGCUAUGAUCAAGGCGCCCCCAGGUUACUCGUUUGUCGGGGCUGAUGUCGACUCGCAGGAGCUGUGGAUCGCCAGUCUCGUUGGAGAUGCCUCAUUCCAACUGCACGGAGGAAACGCAAUUGGUUUCAUGACCCUGGAGGGCUCAAAGGCCGAAGGGACAGACCUGCACUCCCGGAGUGCUCAAAUCUUGGGAAUCUCGCGCAACGACGCCAAAGUGUUCAAUUAUGGUCGUAUCUAUGGCGCUGGCGUCAAGUUUGCGGCUACCCUCCUUCGCCAGUUCAACCCGUCCUUGACCGAAAAGCAGACACAGGAAACCGCGGCCAGUCUUUACAAGGAAACUAAGGGAACUCGAACGUCGCGCCGUCUGCUCAGCGAGGUUCCCUUCUGGAGGGGCGGCACCGAGUCCUUUGUCUUCAACAAACUCGAGGAGUUUGCUGACCAGGAACGGCCGCGCACUCCGGCGCUGGGUGCCGGAAUCACCGAGGCUCUAAUGCGACGCUUUAUAAACAAGGGCAGUUUCAUGACGUCUCGAAUCAACUGGGCUAUUCAGUCAUCGGGAGUUGACUACCUUCAUUUACUGAUUGUCGGCAUGGAUUACCUGAUCCGCCGGUUCAACAUUCAAGCCCGUCUGGCCAUCACGGUGCACGAUGAGAUCCGGUAUCUGGUCAAGGACGAGGACAAAUACCGUGCUGCGUUGGCCCUCCAGGUCGCCAAUGUCUGGACGCGUGCCAUCUUUUCGCAACAAGUGGGCAUCGAUGACCUGCCCCAGUCUUGCGCCUACUUUUCAGCAGUGGACAUUGAUCAUGUACUGCGAAAGGAGGUUGACAUGGAUUGCGUGACUCCUUCGCAUUCCCACAAGAUCCCACAUGGCGAAACCCUGGAUAUCACCCAGCUAUUGGACAAAGAUCACGAAGCCUUCUUGGACCCCUCCAUCAAACCCGAAUCUCCUCCAUGCCCCGAGAAGUACACCUACACCCCUCGCGAAUCGGUCAUGUCGUCCCUGCAGGCAUCGAACGACUUGGAUUUCAUCAAAGCCCAAAUUACCAAGGACGACAAGGAACUCCGCGAGAUUAUUAAGGAGAAGUCUCGUACAGUUGUCACCACCCGUUCUCCCAGUGCCCGGUCUCCUCCAGCCAAGACCCCUAAGUCGACCAGCCGGGCAUCGGCAAAGCCCCAAAAGGCGAUGCUGAUGGACAUGGAAUCGAGUCUCUACCCUGACUUUCGGGAUCUCCCUCGGCAUCCUUCGCAUGAGAACAGACAGCCCCAGAUGGGAUUCCAUCGUCCUCCAUGGAAACCGCGGCCAUUUGCUCGCGCCUAG